UUUCAUGUUUUCUAUCUUUAUGCAAACAACUUGUUAUGACAAUUCUAUGAUUUUACGGAAGAUAGAGCUAACUCGUCUGUGGACCAUCGAAAGACCUAGGGAAAGAGAGUUUAUUUACACAACGUCUCCAUGGUAACAAAGAUGGCUGCCGCACUGUGAGAUCUGAGAGAUACAGUACUUGCAGCAAGAAAAUGCCAGCAAAAGACAAGAAAGUGAAACAACCCUCUGUGGAGGAGCCUGACAAAGGCCCUCCUCUUCAGAAAGGAGUCUACAUUUUCCCUAAUGGAGACAAAUACGAUGGUGAAUAUUCUCAGUCAGAUAUUGGGGUUCUGGAACGAAACGGGAUUGGAACACACACGACGAAGGACGGCGUUGUCUACACGGGGCGGUGGGUGCAGGACAAGAUGAGCGGACAGGGGAAGCUCGAGCAUCCGUCGGGCGCGGUCUACGACGGCGAGUUCUACAACAACACGUUCCACGGGCGCGGCAAGUACGUCUGGCCAGACGGAUCCUUCUACGAGGGAAACUGGGAGGAAAACAAGAUGGAGGGUGAUGGAGAGUUUAUUGACACUGAGGGACAGACGUGGACGGGCACUUUCCGACAUCGGGCAGCCCCGGGUCUUCGCUUCAAACUCAACUUGGAGAUUUGAUGGCUUUUUGACGGCAGGCACCUUCCAAGAUUUAACAGCCCUGGGGGCUGCUAUGAGACUGCGUGGACAAAAUUAUAUUAUUUUCAAGCUUCAUAUCAUGUGGCUUGUAUGUAAAUAUGGCAGAAUUGUCGAUUUAAGGAGUAGCUUAGAAAUACAACAGAUUGUAAAGCUUGUACAUUCGACAAAAUGGCAGCAAAAAGUGCAUCAUGCACAAAACCUGUUGGCUGUAACACUAACAGUUACUUUUUUAAUUAAAUUUUUGGGUUGUCCCUAAUAUUGACUGGUCGAUUGAACAUCUUUUAAAUGGUAGUAUUAGCAAGCUUAUCAACUCUGGAGAUUAUAGUGUUUAAAGCUUCUUACAUAUAGUAGUUGUGCAUCCAGGAUGUCUUGCACAAUUAUGUAAUAAAAGUUUUUUACACUUUUGAA